AUGGGAACGAUUUCACAGGAUCAUUCCAAGUUAGACUCGGACACAAUUGCAGAGGCUAUAAUGCCAUUGGUUGAGAGUGACCCGUCCAUCAAGGUCAAAUCUAUAAUUGCAGAAGUCCAGUCAAGGUUUAACUACACCAUCAGUUACCGAAAGGCUUGGUUGGCAAAGCAGAAGUCCAUAGCCAAAAUUUUCGGUGGUUGGGAGGAUUCUUAUCAAGCUUUGCCAUGGUGGCUCUCGGUCAUGACUCAGAAAAUGCCUAGCUCAAUAGUUCAAAUAGAAACACAACUACUGUACAACGGGACUGAGGAGGCGGAUGGUGUCAAAAUACUUCACUGCGUAUUUUGGAGUUUCAAUCCAUGCAUUAGGGCAUUCAAGCAUUGCAAGCCUCUAGUUCAAGUUGACGGCACACAUCUUUACGGAAAAUACAAAGGUACACUUCUAGUUGCUAUUGCACAAGAUGGAAACCAGAACAUUGUGCCUAUCGCCUUUGUCCUGGUGGAGGGCGAGACAGCUGAUGCGUGGCACUUCUUUCUAAAGAAUCUACGAAGGCAUGUUGUUAGAAAAGACGGUGUCAGUAUGAUCUCAGAUCGACAUGAGUCAAUCCAGGCAGCAGUAAAUUGUUCUGGUGGUGAUUGGCAACCUCCGAGAGCAUGGUGA